AUGGGGUUGAAUAGAUAUGAUAAACAGCUAAAGGUGAAGAGGAUGCUCAAUCUUCACCACAUUAAGCUAUUCAGCCUUCUGGAAACCAAGCUAAAGGCUCCAAAAUUGGGUGACCUUUAUCUGAAUCUGUGCCCUGGGUGGAAUUUUACCACCAACUUGAGUUGCUGUACUUCUAGCAGGAUUGUGAUUGGUUGGGACCCAUCCUCUUUUCACCUCAAUAUUCUAGCCAUGACCAACCAGAGUGUUCAUUGUGAACUGACCUCCCUCAGUACUUGCCUCAAAUUCUGUGUGACUUUCAUCUAUGGGAUGAAUGAUAAGGCUGAAAGAACUAAGCUAUGGGAUCAUUUGUGUGACAUUGGUCUUCACUGUCACUCACCUUGGGUAAUUAUGGGAGAUUUUAAUGCUCUCAUGGAUGUUGAUGACAGAAUUGGUGGCCCUGUUAGAUUGAGUGAUAUCCAACCAAUGAGGAAUUGUAUGACUUCUUGCCAUUUGGACACAAUCAAAACCACUGGUAGACAUUAUACUUGGACCAAUAAGCAGGAGGGGAAUUCUAGAGUUUUUUCUAGGAUUGAUAGAGUGUUGGCAAACACUCAAUGGGGUGAUAUGUUUCCUGAUGCAGAAGCUAAUUUCCUCCCAGAGGAAGAUUUUGAUCAUUGCCCCAUGGUCCUUUGCAGUUUUCCAUCUGUUCAUGUUAAGAGGCCUUUUAGAUUUUACAAUAUGUGGACUACUUCUGAUCAGUUCAUCAGUAUUGUAGAUCAUAAUUGGCAAAAGAGUGUUCAUGGAUGUCCCAUGUUCAGACUUACACAGAAGCUUGAAUGGCUCAAAACUGACCUCAAAGCUCUUAACAAGCAAGGUUUCAAUGAUGUUGAAGCUGAAGAUAUCAAAAUGCAUAGCAUCCUCCUGGAAGUUCAAUCCAAAAUGCAUGCAGAUCCUAGCAACACAAGCUUGGCCACUUUGGAGAAAGAAGCUGCUGCAGCUUAUCUCAAAGCUCACACCACCUACACUUCAUUCAUCCAACAGAGAGCCAAGAUAGACUGGUUGGAAUUUGGUGAUGAGAACUCUAGACUUUUCCACCAGAGCAUCAAGCACAGAAGAAAACAAAACAGUAUCCAUUCCAUUCAUUCUCAGUCUGGUGAGUGGAUCCAAUCCCCUCAGGGAGUGAAUUUGGCUUUUCAUGAUUUUUAUAGUGAGUUUUUCUGUACCAAUUUGGAGAAUAGAACUGCUGUCAAAUCCUGUAUCAUGAAUAGAGGUGCUAGAUUAACUGAGAACCACAAGCAGUUGCUUUCUUGCCAGUUUUCUAUGGAGGAUGUGAAAAGAGUGUUGAAUGAUAUCCCUAUCCACAAUGCUCCUGGUCUUGAUGGCUACAAUAGUCACUUCUUCAAAUCUACCUGGGCAAUUAUUAAGGAUGACUUGUAA